UCCAUCUACAAUGGCUUCGGUAAUAGACAACUGGAAAAAGCUUAUGCAAGGGUCUUGUACCAGACAAUCAGUAUUAUACAGAAGGAACUGGUAGUGCAGCUUAACCGGAUAGGGACUGCCUUACCAGAGAAGGUUCAUGCAUCGCUCGCGUCGAGAUAAUUAUCAAACUUAAUGAACUUGAACAACAAAAGUACCUACCUCCGAAGUAUUCAAAAUGUUUGAAAGAAUUAUGUGAUUAUAUGAAUAUCGACAGGAUUAUUGACUACACUACUGUGAACCAAAGUUACGUAAGUUUCCUCUAAAAACACCUGCAGUCUCAAAUCAGCCCAGUCCGGAGCAACAGUAAUGGUGAACGAAAUUCCAAAACGAAAGACAUAAUGCUCGACUUGUCCUCACUCAGUUUUAAGAAAAAGAUAGGUAAUUCAAAGCAAGGCACCAGGAAGAUCCACAAAAUUGCCCAAAUCAAGAGCUCUAAAGAAUUCGCUACAGAAAGUCAGUUGAAAAAGGAAAUAUGUCUAGAAGUACUAAAUACCAAAUCUCUGAAGCCAAUAGUCGUGGAAAACUCCAGCAAUCCUUCAAAAUAAAGUGCGUAAAAUUAGUCGCAAAAUAAUAGCAAAGAGUCCUCUAGAGUUGACCAGAGAAGCUCUUGAUUAUCUCCUGCCUCGGCAAGAUAAGCUGCGAUCUAGUACAAGGAACUAUAAGUUUCAGACUAAUGACCCGAGAAUAAUAUUUAGGAGCAACAAAAGAUGAAAGGAAAUACAAGAUGAGUCCAGUAAAAUUCUAGAGAACAUAAAACUCAAAAACUCAGAAAUUUUGAAAAGACUUCGGACUACACUUGGCCACUAUGAUCUGAAUGGAGUUCUAGAGUCCAAAUAUGCCCCAGGAGAGAUUGAGCAUUACUCUGAAAAUGCGUAUAGCCAAAAGCGAGACAAGAAGACUAUGAAGAAUAGUAAAAAUGAAAUUCUUGUUCGAAGGUCUUUUAUGUAAAUUAUUCAGAAUUCCAGCUGAAGUGUUCAAAAAGUCUAGGGAUGUGUUUAAGGAGGGAUUCAGUGUCAGACAAUUUCUUUCUACUCUCUUGGCUAAAAUGAACAAGCCUAGUUGAUUUAGCAGGUUCGAAUAUCUUAUCAGCAUAUACAAAUUUUAGCUUCUAAUUCACUGCAGGAUUGAUCA